UAUAAUGUUAAACCCUUAGGAACGCCUACACUUUAAAUUCCCAUGUGGUGGGGGGGUGUAUUUAGGACUCUCAAAAACUUCAAUAUUAAAGACGUGAAAAUGAGACAUAAAUCUAAAUCAUCAACAUUGGACCAAGAGUAGGCUUAGAAUUGUGUCGAAUGUUCCGUCGGAGGUAGCCUUAUGGCAAUAGCAGGAUGAGCGGGAAGCGCGUGGGUACGUCCUGGACUCGAAUCGCGGGGUGACCCCAUCGUAUGACUCACGUGCAGAGGCGGAGACUCCAUAUCUAAAUCACUACUGGAGAGCUGUCUCUUUUUCAGACCGUCCAACGCGGUGGGAAAAUUAACAAGAAUAAGUCAACAUCACAUUAUAAUUUCAAGACCAAGGCAACGCAAUGUUCACAAUGUGAAGAAAAUGUCCGGGAUAAGUCCAGAUUGGGUGGAGAUCCUGGAGCCACGCUCUCGGGAGCGCAUGUAUGUGAACCUGGCCACUGGCGAAUGCGGCUGGGACCCUCCCUUAGGCGCUCCCGUUCGUCAGGCUGACGGCAACCAGUGGUGGGAGCUAUUUGACCCCCAGAGCGGCCGCUUCUACUACUACAACUCCGUAGGACGCCAGACUGUCUGGCACCGACCCCAAGGGGGCGACAUAGUUCCCCUCUCCCAGCUACAGGCUAUGAAGCGCUGCUCUGAGGCCAAGCGGGCCGGGGGAACUGGAGAGAGGGACAGGGAGCCUGGAACAGGUAGACUGGGGAGUACAGGCAGCCAGGGACACCGCACCCCUCGUCCAGAGCAUUAUGGAGCGGGGAGUACAGACAGCCAGGGACACUGCACCCCUCGUCCAGAGCAUUAUAGAGCGGGGAGUACAGACAGCCAGGGACACCGCACCCCUCGUCCAGAGCAUUAUAGAGCGGGGAGUACAGACAGCCAGGGACACCGCACCCCUCAUCCAGAGCAUUAUGGAGUGGGGAGUACAGACAGCCAGGGACACCGCACUCCUCAUCCAGAGCAUUAUGGAGUGGGGAGUACAGACAGCCAGGGACACCGCACCUCUCAUCCAGAGCACCAUGAACCAGGAAGCCUGGGGAGUACAGGCAGCCAGCGACACCACACCCCUCGUCCAGAGCAUUAUGGAGCGGGGAGUACAGACAGCCAGGGACACCGCAUCCCUCAUCCAGGGCAUUAUGGAGUGGGGAGUACAGACAGCCAGGGACACCGCACGCCUCGUCCAGAGCACCAUGAACCAGGAAGCCUGGGGAGUACAGGCAGCCAGCGACACCGCACCCCUCUUGCAGAGCAUUAUGGAGCGGGGAGUACAGACAGCCAGGGACACCGCACCCCUCGUCCAGAGCACCAUGAACCAGGAAGCCUAGGGAGUACAGGCAGCCAGCGACACCGCACCCCUCGUCCAGACCAUUAUGGAGCGGGGAGUACAGACAGCCAGGGACACCGCACCCCUCGUCCAGAGCACCAUGAACCAGGAAGCCUGGGGAGUCCAGACAGCCAGGGACACCUCACCCCUCAUCCAGAGCAUUAUGGAGCAGGAAGCCUGGGGAGUCCAGACAGCCAGGGACACCGCACCCCUCAUCCAGAGCAUUAUGGAGCGGGGAGUACAGACAGCCAGGGACACCGCACCCCUCUCCCAGAGCACCAUGAAGCAGGAAGCCUGGGGAGUACAGGCAGCCAGGGACACCGCACCCCUCGUCCAGAGGAUAGUAAGCCUGUCCCCAGAACCCCUGAGACCCCAAGCGAGAGAGAGACUUCAGACACAGUGGUGGACAGCAGACCAGCCCAGGGAGACAACAGCUCGGACGAAAGCAAGGAGUCACUGAGAGAGCGCUCUCAGAGAUGGCAGCCUUCCCCAGGGUCUAAGGCAGCAAUGUUGGUUAAAGUAAACAGUGUCAGUCGGAUCCAGCCUGGAGGCCCAUCUAGCCCGGACCUGCAGCUCCGCCACCACAACACACACACACACAACAAGCCCAACGGCCACCAGGCCUUCACCCUCCACCCCGUCAGCAGCAAGCCCCCGGGGGCUCACUCCUGCUCCACCCAGGGCUACAAGACCGCACCCUCCGGCAAGAUGGCCGCUGACGCCCGGCAGGCCCACCACUUGAGAAAGACCGGCAACGGCAGCUUCUGUCUGGUGUCCUCUGACCCUCCCCAAACUCCCGGCAGUCACAGGUCCCAGCCCAGCACCCCCAGGUCUGUGUCACCACAGUACGCCUCCACACCUCACCUCUACGACGACCCGGGAAAAGAGUGUCCCAUCUAUGAUGAGCCUCCUGUGGACAUGGAGGUGGAGGGAGCUCACCUCCAUAAUGAGCCUGGUGGUCUAUCCCGUCUCACCCCCACACACAGCCUGCAAAAGCCCAGGCUCCUCCAGCACCCUGGCUCCUCUCACUCCGAAUCCAGGCACAAGAGGAACCCUUCUGCCUCUGACUACAGCCCUGCUGGCCUGGAGUGCAUCAAGCACAUGGUUGUUGUGGACCCAAAACAGGGCCUCCUCUCCACCUCCCCCGGUCCCACUCGCACCCCCUCCCCCACACCACGAUCAGACCCCCUCUUGGCCCAUCCCCAGUCCCAGCCACGGGGGCAGCAGAGGGAGCCAGGGACCCUGGAGAAGAAGCAGACAUGGCGAGCCCUGGAGGCCAGUGUGUUGAGGGCAGUGGAGGCUCGUCACAGCAGGCAGAGCAGCCAGGCCUCGCAGGACUUCCCCACACCUCCAUGCCCCCAGACCACCGCCACCUACCAGGACUCUGGCUACUCCACUGGCCCCUCUCCGAGCCUGAGGAGGAAGAGCCGGCGAAGGCUGGGGGCCGGAGGCCGGCCUGGCUCAGUGGGCAGCAGCGGAGAGCUGUGUGCCCUUAACGAGAGGCUGAUGGCGGAGAUGAGAGAGGUGGUGAGCCGCUCCAACACCAUGAGGGAGAUGAAGGCUGGAGGCCUGGGGGCAGAGAUUAGCGAGAGGGGCGCAGUUCCCCGGACACGUUCCCCCGUGGACUCCCUGCAGUGGUAUGGAGGAGAAGGAAGGUGUGCGUCACGAGAAGACGUCCCCUCCGCCAGCCGCUCGCUGAGCAGGGCGGGUAAUCAUGGCAACCCGGCCCUGCCACCCCUGGAGAUGCCUGGUAGGCAGAAGAGGACCUAUGAGAAGGUGGACACCUUGGAGAAGAGCAUCACCAGUCAGGCCGGCCUUUCCUCACCAGACACCCCUGGACCUCCCUCAGAGGUGGGGACCCUGGAACUGAAGGCUCAGUUGGACAGCAGGAAGAAAGGUAUGGUGGACGGACGAACAGGCUCACUGGGCCCACAUCACCAACGCUCCGUCUCCCAUGACAACAUAGAGGGAGAAGGAAGAGGAGGAAUAGGAGGCUCCUACCACCAGCUCUCUUACGCCACCCUGCGCAAGCCCCCGCCCCCAGACACCUCAGGCAUGGCGGACUGGGCCAGCAAGCACCUGAACAUGCACACCCAGGGCCUGUUCCGCCGCCGUGUCUCCAUCGCCAACAUGCUCUCCUGGAACCGCGGCUCCAUCAAGAAGCCCAUGCUGGUGACCAGCGACCGUGCCGUGAGGAAGGAGGCCUGUGAGAUGUUCAAGCUGGUCCAGGCCUACAUGGGAGACAGACCCUCACGGCUGGACCGUCGCCACGCCGCCCUGCUCAUCGUCACCAAGUGCUGGGGCAUGCAGGGCCUGAGGGAUGAGCUGUAUGUGCAGCUGGUGAGGCAGACCACAGGCAACACCAGCCCUAGGAGCCUGGCUGCAGGCUGGGAGCUGAUGGCUGUCAGCCUGGCCUUCUUUGCCCCCUCUCCCAAGUUCCGCUGCUACCUGGAGGGAUACAUCCAGAGGCACACGGAUCCGAGCAGUGACAAGAAACGUGAGUCUCAAACUGAGCAACAGGUGGCUCAGUUCAUACUAGACCAGCAGGACAUGAAGCUGAAGAAGAACUCAAAGUCCAGAAAGAAACGGAAACAGAACACAGAUGAAGAAGGUCUGCCCAUCAGCACGUAUGCAAAGUUCUGCUAUCGCAAACUACAGAAAGUGGCCAUAACUGGAGGCAAAAAGGGUCUUCGUAAGCCAACUCUGGAGGAGAUUGACCACAGCAGACGGGCCAUCGUGACCCCCUCCCUGUUUGGCAGCUCCUUGGACGAGGUGAUGGAGCGCCAGAGUGAACUCUUCCCAGACAGGAAGCUACCCUGGGUACAGGUGCAGCUCUCCCAAUACGUCCUGGCACUGGGAGGGGCCCAGACUGAGGGCAUCUUCAGGGUGCCUGGAGAUAUCGAUGAAGUCAACGCAUUGAAGCUCCAGGUCGACCAAUGGCGGAUCCCAGAAAACCUCUCAGACCCCAACGUACCUGCCUCCCUGAUGAAGCUUUGGUAUCGUGAGUUGGAGGAGCCUCUCAUCCCCAUGGCCUUCUACAAGCAGUGUGUCAGUAACUAUGACGACCCUGUGGCAGCCAUUACUGUUGUACAGUGUCUGCCUGAGCUCAACAGACUGGUGCUGUGCUACUUCAUCCACUUCCUGCAGGUGUUUGCUCAGCCUGCUAAUGUGUCUGUUACUAAGAUGGAUGUCAAUAACCUUGCCAUGGUGAUGGCCCCCAACUGCCUCCGCUGCCAGUCUGAUGACCCACGAAUCAUCUUUGAGAACACACGCAAGGAGAUGUCUUUCCUGCGCAUGCUCAUUGUUCACCUGGACACCAGUUUCAUUGAGGGCGUUGUGUAGACUGACUCCCUUGACACCACGUGCCCCAGUGUCACUGAGAGAUUCGCUCUGCGAAGCCCGCCCCACUCCAUUGACCUAUCACAAAACACACACACACACUGGAAAUCAUACUGUAACAAUACCAGAGUUGAUCAGUUAUGUCUUCAAAGGCAGGGUCAUAAGAAGAUAAGAGAAUCCAGAUGUUUCACCACUGAGUACUGUACGUAACACCGUCACUUGACAGUGGACCCAUCCUCUGUUCUACUUUCUGACUGCAGAACAAUACAUCUGUGCCUACUGCAUAGGUGACAUUGUGUGUGAUAUGUGAUGGAAACCCCACAAUUAUUGCACACAAAAAGACUACAAAUGACUUUACAUCAUAGGGACCGCUUUUUAUCCAGUUCAUUUGGAUGACUUUGUUUUAACUGCAUGUAAAAUCAGAUUUUCCUCCUACAUUUAUAACUGAAUGUGACGUGCCAUUGUUUCUUUGCUGGAUAUGGGCUGUGCAGGAGGAGUCUCAUAUGGUUUGUACAGGAUGGACAUUGUCAUCAGGAAACAGACCCAGGGUCCCCUCCUUAUAUCUAUUUGGCCUCUUGUAUGUAUGUGUGUCUGUGUGUUUGAGUUCUAGAGACUCAGCCUCCAGUUCUUAUUUACAAAUGAGAAAAAAUGUCUAAUUUAAAAAUGAGCGUGCCUGUGAUGUUUUUAGUAGUUCUAUCAACAAGACUGCAUCAGUCUCACUGCUAUGUUGGUGAUUUUAUCUAAAAAUAAAAAAAAGUUAUUCCACAGCCAUUUUGAUAUAGAGCCACCGUCUAUAGUCUGACUACAGUAGAGCCACAGUCAGAGCGUACAUUUCAAAGUACAAACUGGAAGCAAUAAGACCAUGUGUUUUGGAGCUUGUGUAAAAUGCCCGUUUUAGUGGUCUCCUCAACAGUGUGUGUUGUGCAAUAACAACCCUCUGAUUUUCAACUGCUGAUGGAGGAUGUUAUAAAUGUAUUCUGGUACAUGUAUGUACUGUGUGUAUGGGAGAUCUAUUCGGCAGCAGGUAGCCUAGCAGUUAGAGCGUUGGGCCAGUAACCGGAAAGGUCGCUGCUUGGAAUGCCUGAGCUGACUAGGUGAAAAAUCUGUUGACGUGCCCUUGAGCAAGGCACUUAAUCCUAAUUUGCUCCAGGGUUGCCGUACUACUAUGGCUGACCCUGUAAAACACGUUUCACUGCAUUUAUCUAGUGCGUUGCCAAAAAUAAUGUUUUUUUUGUUGCAAUACACCAAUAUUGAAAGAGGCAUAAACACAUGUGUAAAGUAGUAACACUAUCACUUCUUUUCACCAUAGAUAUUUUGGCUCAGGUGUUCUGUUAAAACGGGUGUAGUGAUAACUGCUCUCUGCUUCCCUCGGUAACUGAAGGUCUGAAUUUCACAUGCAUCCAAACUAUGAUAUAGUAAACUGACGAUGUAGAUAAGACACUCCCUGGAAGCUUUCCUGUGUAAAUAAUGCUUGUAAAUAGUAACAGUAACUCUGGCUGUAUUUUCAAAUGAUCCAUGAUAAAGAUGAACCUUUUUGAUUUUGUAACUACUCAUAAUUUCCCUCCUGCAAGCUUGCCUUUGAAAAUAGUACUGAUUCAACCACUCAUUGUUUGUGUUGUGUAUUAUGUGAACAUACCCUCUGUUAUUCUAUGAAAUGAUUGUUCAAGAAAAAUAAAGGUUUAAUUGUAGACUGGU